AAAAAAAGUUGACAAAAAAAAAAUAAAAAAUAAAAGUGGCUCGAUAUAAAAAAAGAUACAAACUUGUCCUUUUUUCCUUUCAUUUCAAGGGUUCUUUUCUUCUUUUAUUUUAUUUCCUUCAGUUUUCUUCAUCUUUUCUUCCGUUUGUCUUUCUUUUUUGCAUCCAAGAAAUGAUUGCUGCUACAACUGAACCCACUCAAACGACCGUCUUGCCUGUCAAACAACAACCAAAGGUUCCUACUUUCGAUACUGAAGUCAGCCCUGGACGCGUCUUGACUAUGCCUGCUGAUGGUAGCGGCUUAUGUGUGAUUGAUCCUUGGUUGGAGCCGUUUUCAGAUGCAUUGAAGCAAAGAUACAAUACCUUCAUGAAGUACCAUAACAUGAUCAGAGAAACUCUGGGAUACAACAAGUUCACAAAGGGUUACGAAUAUUAUGGUCUUCAUGUACAGAAGGAUAACAGUAUUAUCUACCGUGAAUGGGCUCCGAAUGCUGUUACUGCAAGUCUUGUCGGUGAUUUCAAUAACUGGGAUUUCAAUGCUCAUCCUAUGAAACGCAAUGACUUUGGUGUAUUUGAAGUUACUAUUCCACCCACCAAAGAAGGUCAACCUGCUAUUCCUCAUGGAAGCAAAAUUAAGAUCACAAUGACACUACCCAAGACUGGUGAGCGUAUUUAUCGUAUUCCCGCUUGGAUCAACUAUGUUACUCAAGACCUGAGCGUCAGUGCUACCUACGACGCUAUUUUUUGGAAUCCUGAAAAGAAAUACAAGUUCAAGAACGCCCGUCCAAAGAAGCCAGAGUCCCUUCGUGUUUACGAAGCACAUGUGGGUAUCUCUUCUCCCGAGCCUCGCUGUGCAACUUAUAAGGAAUUUACAAAAAACGUGCUUCCGCGAAUUGCCUACGAUGGCUACAAUGCUAUUCAAUUAAUGGCCAUUAUGGAACACGCUUAUUAUGCCUCUUUUGGUUAUCAAGUAACUUCCUUUUUUGCUCCUUCCAGUCGUUAUGGUACUCCCGAAGAUCUUAAAGAACUCAUCGAUACUGCUCACGGUUUGGGUCUGACUGUCUUGUUGGACGUUGUUCACUCUCAUGCUUGUAAGAAUGUCGAAGAUGGUUUGAAUAUGUUUGAUGGUUCCGAUCACUGUUAUUUCCAUGAAGGUGGUAAGGGUCGUCAUGAUCUUUGGGACUCUCGUUUGUUCAACUAUGGCAGUUAUGAAGUGUUACGCUUCUUGAUGUCAAACUUGAGAUACUGGAUGGAUGUGUUUCAGUUUGAUGGUUUCCGUUUCGAUGGUGUUACAUCUAUGUUGUAUAAGCAUCACGGCAUCGGUUAUGGAUUUUCCGGUGAUUACCACGAGUACUUUGGUGACAAUGUAGACGAUGACAGUGUCAUGUAUAUCCAACUCGCCAACAACUUUUUACACAAGAUCUAUCCUAACGUCAUUACCAUUGCUGAGGAUGUAUCUGGUAUGCCUGGUUCCUGCCGCCCUGUGCGUGAGGGUGGUCUUGGCUUCGACUAUAGACUAGCCAUGGCUAUCCCCGAUAUGUGGAUUAAAAUGUUAAAGGAGCAAACAGAUGAGGAAUGGAAUAUGGGCCAUGUCGUUCACAUCUUAACCAACCGUCGACAUUUGGAAAAUACGAUUGCCUACAGUGAAUCUCACGAUCAGGCUCUCGUUGGCGAUAAGACCUUGGCCUUCUGGCUUAUGGAUAAAGAAAUGUAUACUCAUAUGAGCGACCUUACUCCACUCACUCCCAUCAUUGACCGUGGUAUUUCCUUGCACAAGAUGAUUCGUAUGAUUACACAUGCUUUAGGUGGUGAAGGCUAUCUUAACUUUGAAGGCAAUGAAUUUGGCCACCCCGAAUGGCUCGACUUCCCUCGCGACGGCAAUAACUCCAGCUUCCAAUAUGCUCGUCGUCAAUGGAAUGUGCUCGAUGACCACUUACUGCGUUACAAAUACUUGAAUGAAUGGGAUCGUGCCAUGCAAAUGACUGAAGAGAAACACGGUUGGUUACAUGCUCCUCAAGCCUAUGUGUCUCGUAAGAACGAAGCAGACAAAUUGAUCGUGUUUGAGCGUGGUAAUGUUCUAUUCAUCUUCAAUUUCCAUCCUACACAAUCCUACACUGACUACCGAGUGGGUGUGGAGCAGCCCGGCAAGUACAAGAUUGUAUUGAAUUCAGACGACAAGCAAUUCUUGGGUCAUGCCCGUGUAGAUAACGACACAGAUUUCUUCACUACACCGGGCGAUUGGGAUAAUAGACCUAAUUGGAUGCAAGUCUAUAUACCUAAUCGUACCUGUUUACUUUUCGCUAAGGCUGACUAAACGUACUUGCUAACAUGAUUCCCCCUCAUUUGUUCUACCUAAUCACAUUCAUAAUUCAAAACUACAUAUUCAAAAUAAAACUGUUCAUCAUCUCUCCAUUAUACUCUUCAUGAGUCUGUCCCACCUAUUGUCAAAAAUUGUAUCAUCAACACAAGAAAGUAACUGUCUCUAUG